AUGGACGAAGACAACCCUCGCAAAAGUGCCAACGCCGAAACCUUCUACCAUUUCGCCGACAACGGUUACAUUCUCGGACUCGUCACUGCAGUCCACGGCACCGCCACUCCUAAAGAGCCUGCGACAGUUCAACAGGCUCUGGGGGGGGAACAUAAGGAAAAAAUGUGCGAAGCCAUGGACAAGGAGCUGAAGGCACUGGAGGAACGCAACACGUGGAAAGUGGUUCCUAUCGGCGUGUCACGGAACAAGACAGUGCUCACCGGGAAGUGGGUCUUCCGUGUGAAGACAAAGGCCGAUGGCACCAUUGACAAAUUCAAAGCUCGCUGGGUUGUACGCGGCUUCGACCAAGAGCACGGAAGAGACUUCACCAAAACCUUCGCUCCGGUUAGCCGCCACACCUCUCUACGCAUUCUCCUCGCAAUCGCCGCCAUGAAGAAGAAGAAGCUACGACAAAUCGACGUCGCGAACGCGUUUCUCUACGCACCUGUUGAUGCAGAAAUCUUCGUCGAGCUACCGCACGGCUCCCACACAGAACCCAACCAAGUCUGCCAGCUACUCAAGUCACUCUACGGCAUCAAGCAGGCUCCGCAACUGUGGCAACAGUACCUGCACGCUCGCCUCAUCCGCAUCGGCUUCAAGCAACUACCGCACGAUCAAGGCAUGUACCGGCUCACUAAAAACGACGACUACAUCCUACUAAUUGUCUACGUGGACGAUCUCCUUUACAUUGGCUCAACUGACGGCAUCACCACCUGGUUCGAAGGGGAGCUGCAACGGGAUCUCUCGCUCACAGUUUCAUCUACCGUCACUCAGUACCUCAGCCUCAACAUCCGGGAAGAGGAGGACGCGAUCUACCUCAGCGCCGAGAAAUACGCUGACACUAUCGCCAAACGCUUCACCCUCACACCGACAGCCAUCUCCACGCCAUACCGAUACACGGCAGGGAACGACAAAGGAAACUCCGCUCUACUUAAGCCCGCCGACAUACGAGACUACCAGAAGAAGCUGGGAUGUCUUCUCUUCGCAGCCGUCACCUGUCGCCCCGACCUCUCAUACUCCGCAAGCCAGCUCGCCACCUACCUCAAGAAGCCUGAAGUAGAACACCUGGCAGAGCUCGACCGCGCUCUACACUACUUCGUCAGCACCCCAACGAUCGGCCUAACUUACUACAAGAACGCAACCACACCGACUAAGUUAAUCGGCUACGUCGACGCUGAUCACGCUGGCGACUCUGACAAUAGGCGCUCCCGCACCGGCUACAUCUACCGUCUCGAACCUAUCGGACCUAUCUCCUGGCAAUCAAGCAAGCAGGAACUAAUUGCUCUCUCCUCAGCUGAAGCAGAAUAUAUUGCACUCUGCUCAGCCACCAAGGAAGGACUCUAUCUUCCCGAGCUGCUCCAAGAAGCGAAGUUAGCCGAGUUACCCAACUUUACCGUGUUCUGCGACAACCAGUCGGCAAUUCGCAUCGCCAACAAGAACGGCUUUGCGAACAGGACAAAACACAUCGCCCUGCGAUAUUUCUUCGUGAAGGACGAGAUCGAGAAGGGAAGGCUCGAGCUGCCAUACUGUCCCACGUCCGAGUUGGCAGCUGACUACCUGACCAAGAAGCUCGGAAAGCAGAAGUUCGAAUACUGCAUGCUGCUGACUGGACAGAGCCACGUCAGCGACACUCCAGAAGUGAAGGGGAGUGUUGGAAACAAUCGGUCCUAA